AUGACAGCGGUGGUGGACUGUUGGGAUGAGGACGCAAUAGAGGACGCUGCUGCCAUUGGAGACCCGUCGAUGACCGAGACGGAGUCCCUCCUAACAAUGUCAGGAGACUUUAACGAGAUGCUUAAAAACGGAUCUUCCGCCGCCUCGGAACAAUUGGGCGGCACCGCCGCGAUAAAUGAGUUGGUUAAAGAAGCCAUGCAAAUAGACGAGGGUGCGAGCACCUCUGCAGCUGCAUCUGCUCCGCCUGACUCUUCCGGGGGACCACAUCCGGUUGCACGCUUUGCAUCCAAGGUGUCGCUGGAACAUCCGAAACCAGAAAAGCGCAUUAUCCUGAUCCCAGCCCCUCCAGCUCCAAAGCGAGCACGAGAAGCCGAGAGCGACGAUCGAGUUAAAUCCGAAGAUUCACCCUCGAAUCGAACUCAAAAACGAAAAGCCAGAAGCGAAUCAAAGGGUUCAGGAGACCUAACGCCAGAAGAAUUGUUAAAAGAGCAGAAGCGACAAAACGCAAGGAGUUGGCGGCAGUCCAUGGCAAAAAUGCGCGACGAGGUUCCCCGACUUCAGAAUCUCAGCGAUGAUCUGAAGCGUCGAAAAGAGGCGUUGGAGCGUGAGGUCGAGGAGAAAAAUCAGAAAAUUGCCGAUAUGGAGGAGCAGAUCCGGGAGCUGCAUCGACAAAAUGGAGCUCUCCAAGCAAAGUGUGACGUCUUGCAACAGCCUGGCAUCCAGUCGACAUCGCUGCAAAUCCCGUGGAUGACCACAGACUACAGCACGAUACAACUCUUUCCGAAUAAA